UGAGCUGUUAGUCAUGUCAGAAUUGGGUUGCUGUAGUCUUCUGUGGACUUGAAUCACAGGGCAUGAUAGUACUAAGGAAUCUGUGUAUUCCAGACAUAAUCUCUUCCCAAUUAGUCCAGCUUCAUUGACUUCUUCUUUACUAGGUCCACUCAGCAUGUCAUCAGUGUAAUGGACCCGUGUGACAUCUUGUGGAAGGGAUGGGUGAUCAAGGUCCCUACCGACUAAAUUAUGACAUAGGGCUGGAGAGCUGUUAUACCUCUGAGGUAGGACAGUGAAGAUGGGUUGCUGGCUUGCAGGCUGAAGGCAAACUGCUUUGGUGGUUCUUUAAAAUAGGUGUGGAGAAAGGCAUUAGCCAGAUCAAUAACUGCAUACCAGUUACCAGGACAUGUAUUUGCUCAAGCAAUGAAACCACAUCUGGAACAGCAGCUGCAGUUGGAGUCACACCUGGACUCAGUGGUGUUUGAGGAUGUGGCCGUGGACUUUACCCAGGAAGAGUUUGCUUUACUGGAUUUUGCUCAGAGGAAACUCUACAGAGAUGUGAUGAUGGAAACCUUCAAGAACCUGGCCUCAGUUGGAGACAUCUGUGAAUUCCAUGGCAUUGAAGAGCAGCAUAACAACCAGGGGAGUCAUGUGAGAAGUCAUACAGAUGAGCACCUCUUUGAAAGUACAGAGAAAGAAAAGGAAAGGAAAGAAUGUAAUCAGUGUGGAAAAACUUUCAGCAAGAUUCCAUAUCUUACCAGCCUCGAAAGAAUUCCUGCUAGAGAAAAUCCUUCUGAAUGCUGUCAAUGUGGAAAAGCUUUCAUGAAUCAUUCUUCAUUUAAACAUCACUUCAGAUCUCACACUGGAUGCAAUACCAAUGAGUGUGAGGAAUGUGAAGUAGCCUGCAGUUCUCCUUACCUAAGCAUUCAUGUAAAAACUCUUCCUGGACAGAAAAUUGAUGAAAGUAAGAAAUGUGGCAUCACCUGUAGUUCCUCAUCCCUCAUUACACAUAUACAAAGUCAUGGUAAAGAGAGGCCUUAUGAAUGUAAGGAAUUUGGGAAAGCCUUUGGUCAGUUCUCAGCCCCCAUUGAAUAUAAAAAUAUUCAAAAUGGAAAGCAACCUUAUGAUGGUAAGGAAUAUGGGAAUACCUUUAGUUCUUCCUCAUCCCUCAGUAAACAUAUUAGUAUUCACAGUGGAGUAAGGCCUUACGAAUGUGAGGAAUGUGGGAAAGCAUUUAGUAAGUCCUCGAAGCUGAAUAGCCAUGUAAGGACUCACAGUGGAGAGCGGCCUCAUGAAUGUAAGGAAUGUGGGAAAGCCUUCAGUUGUGCUUCAUCCCUCACUAGACAUAUAAGAACUCACAGUGGAGAGAGGCCUUAUAAAUGUAAGGAAUGUGGGAAAGCCUGUAGCCAGUCCUCACACCUGAUCACCCAUAUAAGAACUCACAGUGGAGAGAGGCCUUAUGAAUGUAAGGAAUGUGGAAAAGCAUUUAGGUGGUCCUCACACCUCACUACACAUAUAAGAACUCACACUGGAGAGAGACCUUACAAAUGUAAGGAAUGUGGGAAAGCCUUUAGGCGAGCCUCAAAUCUGAUGAAUCAUAUAAGAACUCACAGUGGAGAGCAGCCUUAUGAUUGUAAGGAAUGUGGAAAAUCUUUUUCUGAUUCCUCAAGCCUCACUACACAUUUAAGAACUCAUAGUGGAGAGAGGCCUUAUAAAUGUAAGGAGUGUGGAAAAGCCUUUCGGCAGUCCUCGCACCUGAUCAACCAUAUAAGAAUUCACAGUGGAGAGCGGCCUUAUGAAUGUAAGGAAUGUGGGAAAGCCUUUAGCCAGUCUUCACACCUGAUCAACCAUGUAAGAACUCACAGAGGAGAGAGGCCUUAUGAGUGUAAGGAAUGUGGGAAAGCAUUUAGCCGAUACUCAAACCUGAUCAACCAUAUAAGAGCUCACAAUGGAGAGCGCCCUUAUGAAUGUAAGGAAUGUGGGAAAGCAUUUAGCCGGUUCUCAAACCUGAUCAACCACAUAAGAGCUCACAGUGGAGAGCGGCCUUACGAAUGUAAGGAAUGUAGGAAAGCCUUUAGCCAGUCCUCACACCUGAUCAACCAUAAAAGAACUCACAGUGGAGAGUGGCCUUAUAAAUGUAAGGAAUGUGGGAAAGCAUUUAGCCAGGCUUCAUCUCUCUCUCAACAUGUAAGAACUCACAAUGGAGAGAGAACUUAUGAAUGUAAGGAAUGAGGUAACAUCUUUGGUUGUCAUUUGAAAACGUGAGAAGGUACACUGAAAAGAAGUAAUAGAUUACACAUGACGUUCUAUGAAUGUAAAAGAAGCCUUCAGUGUCCGUCCUUCUUCCAGACUUCUAUGAUACCUUACACACGGGAGAGACUCUGCAGCUGUAAGCAAACUACUACUUCAGCUGUUGCAAACGACUUUGGAGAAGUAUCAAAAUGUUAUUUUGGUUCUGUUAUAUAAAAAUUAUUACAAAAUCUCAGCAACCCUUGGUGUCAAACUGUGGUGUUUUUUGUUUUUUUAAUCAACUAUGUUUUUAAAGUUUAUAUUUUUUCACAUAGAACAGUAUGUUCUCAUUGUAGAAAGUUUGAUUUUAUUAUAAGGAAAAGCAGAAAUUACUUAAAAUUCCACCACUCUCGUUAUUUUAGAUAUUAUCUUUUGGCAUUCUUUGUAUGCAAAACAGUGUUUUCUUAAAGAAUCUGGAUUAUACUGUGUGUUUGUGUUGUACCCAACUUUUUUUCAUUGUUUUUCUUAAUUAUCUUUCACAACUAUAAUGAUCCCUAGUUUACUAAUGAGAAAACUGCACAGAAGAUUUUAACCCACAUCCCAUCUUUUCAGAAUAAUGUCUGUCUCGGAUGGUGCUGUAAGAAGUAGGAUUUUUGUUGAAGGUUCACAUUGGGUAUACACAGAGAUGGUAGACCCGCACAGACCUACAACCUAACCUAGAUGCAAUGGAGCUUCUGUCUGGCACAAGCACAAAACCUGUAUUUUAAAACAGUCCUGCUUUUGGUAAUUUUGUGGUUUGAGCAGAGUGCACUAGGCCAGGAGUUGAGGCUGUAGUUGCUGGACUGGGCUGGACUGCACUGAUGGCUGCUGCUCCACCAAGGGUGCACACCUGCUGCAGGGCCUGGACAUUUAUACAGAGCUCCUCUGCCCCUACAGUGAAGUGGUAUCUUCUUGCUUGACUUCUCACGUAAGGGGCUUUGGACAUAGUGACUAUAGGUAGCAAAAGCCUUCAAGUUAGGUUUCACAUUGACCCAGCAAUUCUCCUUUCAGAAUCAUUUCUUGGAAGUUCUUGGGCGCUGUAAUGGUGUACCUUGAUAACUGUGCUAGAUUGUGGAAAUAGGGGAAAUGGUGUCAGUGUCCAACAGGAAGGGAGUUUUCAGAUAAAUGCCUGGCUACAUGUCAGUGUUGUACUGCCACUAAAUGAAUUUUUUCAGAAGAAUUUAGUCCACAGGAGAAGCCAUCAUAGCUUCAAGUGUGAUAGGAUAUAAAAGCGUACAUAAUGAUGGCAGUUUAUAAAAAAUUUACGUGUAUAGACAAAUCAGCCUGUAGAGAUCUGUCCCAAAGGCAAGACUAGGUGAUUACUCUGUUUCUGACUAACUUGAAAAUUUUCUGCAGUCAUUGUUCAUUACUUGUUCAAUUUUUUAAAUUUAAAAACAUUAAUUUGCUUUUGGGAUGUACAGUAACAUCUGUUUUGACAAAUAUGUCAAGUCGUAUAACCAGUACCACAAUGAAAAUACAGCUUUUCUCCUUCCUCCAAAAAAUUCCCUAGUGCUGCCACUUUUUAGUCAUGAAUCCCUAGCACUUGUCCAUGUACAUAUCAUGCUGUAUGGAGUUUUUAGAUUCUGGCUCCUGUCAUUUAGAGUAAUGAAUUUGAUGUUCAUCCAGGUUGAUGAAUGUAUAUAUACAUUCUGGUAGUUUAUUCCUUUUUAUUGCUUUGUACUGUGUUGUGUAGAUAUACCAUAGUUUGUGUAGUCAUCAGGUUAAGAAUAUUUGAGUUUCCAGGUUUUUGUUUUUUGUCCUUUUAAAUAAAACUGCUGUAAACAUUGUUGCACAGGGUUUUACAUGGACAUAAUGUUUGACUUUUCUCAUCUAUAUCCCUAUGUAUGGGAUUGCUGUUUCAUGAUUAAUUUCAUAAGAUUACCUUCAUAAGAACUUUCACUCUCAGAGUGCCAUUUUAUAUUCUACCAACAAUAUAAUUCCAGUUGCUGGGAUAUGGAGAGGCUGCUUUUCUAGUGGAAUAAAAUACACUUCUGUUUGCCUCUGGCUUUAGGGGAGGGAUUUGGGUUGGCAGCUUACCUGACAGGCAUCCCUGCAUUUGUGAGGACAGCGUGUGCAAUGUAGCAUCUGGAUUAGUCCUCAGGCACAAGUGUAUGGAGCUAAGGCUAUGCCAUUACUGCCCAGAUUGAAAGCUGGAGGAAACUUGCACUGUCAGAAUGCUGUGCCUGCAGGGAUCCUCCACUGGACAACCCACACAGAGCAACGUAGGGACAAAAAUACCCUCUCCAGGAGCCUGGAAGGUGAUCACACUGGAAAUGGAAAUGAAAGCCCCUUCUUCCUGCAGUGUCCUUCAUUGUCCUCCAUACACUGAUGACUGGCAGAGAAACGCCCUAGCUCCAUUAUCAGAUCAGGAAAAAAUAAGGUAUCUGCAGCAGAAGCAACAGAUUGAUAACCAAGACAAUGAUCAAAAUGUAGCUUUUGUUGGUUUUCUGUCAGUGAUAAACCAUCUCCUAGCAAAGUGAAAGCUUAGGUCUUGGUGCCCAACCUCUUCCCCUCCCUGUAGGAGCUUAAAGCGUCUGCCUCUUGUGCCUGUCAGCCUCUCCUACCAACUCUACCUUCUCUGACACCAACCUACUGAAAAUGCAACUUCUGUCUAACCAACUGGAGCAAUGUCUGAUCUAACAAGUGAAAGGGCACAGCUCUAGAAUGCCAAGUGUGGCCAAGAUUGCAGACACCAAGCAAAAUUUUAGGGGCCCCUGGAAUCACCCAGACUUCCAAUUAACUAGCUAAAAUUUUGUUUCCACUACCACCUUGUGUUCAAUAAUUUGCUAGAAUGAUGCAGAACUUAGGAAGUGGCUCAGAGUUUUAAGAUAACAAAAAGGAUACAAAUCAAGACUAGCAUUUAAAGCAGAGCAGCAUAUGAUGAGGGUUAGCAGGGUGUCAAAUGUGGAGUUGCUAUGUCACAAGCAUAAUUUAUUUCUUCACGCAUCCCAUGCAUAUACG